AUGGGAGAUCAUCCAAAAGCACUUUCUUAUUAUGAAAAAGCCCUUGCAAUUCGACAACAACCACUUUCCUCGAAUGAUCCUGAUUUGGCUGAUAUCUAUAAUAACAUCGGUAUUGUAUAUUACAGCAUGUCUGAAUAUCUAAAAGCGCUUUCUUAUUAUGAGAAAGCUCUUGUAAUUAAACAACAAUUACUCUCUUCCAAUCAUCCUGAUUUGGGAGAUUCCUAUAACAACAUCGGUAAUGUGUAUACAAGCAUGGGUGAUUUUCCAAAAGCACUCUCCUGUCUUGAAAAAGCCCUUGCAAUUCGACAGCAAUCACUUCCUUCUAAUCAUCCUCAUUUGGGAGAUUCUUAUAACAACAUCGGUAAUGUGUAUACAAGCAUGGGUGAUUAUCCAAAAGCACUUUCCUGUCUUGAAAAAGCCCUUGCAAUUCGACAACAAUCACUUCCUUCCAACCAUCCUGAUUUGGCUUCUUCCAAUUACAACAUCGGUAUGGUCUAUGACAGCAUAGGUGAUUAUCCAAAAGCACUUUUAUCUCAUGAAAAAGCUCUUAUAAUUCGACAGCAAUCACUUCUUUCUAAUCAUCCUCAUUUGGGAGAUUCCUAUAACAACAUAGGUUUAGUGUAUGACAAGAUGAGUGAUUAUCCAAAAGCACUUUCAUCUCAUAAGAAAGCCUUUGCAAUUCGACAACAAUCACUUCCUUUGAAUCAUCCCGAUCUGGGUAAUUCACAUUACAACAUUGGUUUGAUGUAUUAUAACACGGGUGAUUAUCCAAAAGCACUUUCAUCUCAUAAGAAAGCCCUUGCGAUUCGACAACAAUCACUUCUUUCGAAUGAUUCUGAUUUGGCUAAGUCGUAUGACAGCAUGCGUUUGGUGUGUAACAAGAUGGGUGAUUAUUCGAAAGCACUUUCAUAUCUUGAAAAAGCCCUUGCAAUUUGA